AUGCGCGCGUUAACAGCACCGCUCUCUCUGCAUGCUGCAUCAUCACCUAUAGAGACCAUCGUAUUCUUCUUCGCAGUCGCGACUCUCGCAUACUUCCAUGUCCUUUCCGCAAUCAAGCACUCUCAAUUCCUGGCUCCGACAGCACCGUCAACAUUACGACCUGCACUUGCUCUUCUUCGUGACAAAGAAUGGGUUGGUGUGAACGAGAACAACUGGUUUGAACGGGAGGGUGUGACGGCUCUCGAGAUUCAACAGCUCAUGCUUUCCAUGGAGCCCAAAGUUGCGCGGAAGCUUUCGGAUUCUCUCCUUCAAGACUCGUUCGAAAACGCGACCGGCUUCUUCACACACCAGUUCCUCGCCGCCUCCGGUAAAUCUUACUCCGACAUCUGCUUCCAACCUGUCUCCGAAGAGCCAUCAUGCUUCGUUGCAUCUCCUUCGGACUCGAACGUCAUUACUCUUUCCUUCACUCCCGGUACUACGGACGACUUCGUUACUGCUCUCAAGAGGCCAGGACUCAAGGAUGGUGACAUGAACUUCGUGCUCGAGACUCCGGAGUCACAGAGCCUUAGCGAUAUGAAGAACGGGAGGUGGGUCGCCUACGCUGCCUACACUAUGGUUUCGCGUUUCUGGGAUUUGGCCAAGAAGGCAGACUCGCUUGAUAUUCUCCUCGUCCUUGCGGGUUACAUUCUCAUGCACGCGACUUUCAUCAAACUCUUCCUCGCCUCGCGUUCUCUCGGCUCCAACUUCUGGCUCAUGACCGGCAUUCUCUUCUCCUCCGUCCUCUCCUUCAUCCUCGCUCUUCCCAUCGCCUCCUACUUCUCUAUCCCUCUCGAGCCCGUCUCACUCAUCGAAGCUCUCCCCUUCCUCGUAUGCACCGUCGGAUUCGACAAACCCCUCCGCCUCGCUCGCUCCGUCUUCACCCACCCUCAUCUCUUCCAGCCCGCAGUCACGACGGGAAAGCACCGUGGCGAGAUGAAACCCGCGCCGGAGCUGAUCAUGGAGGCCCUGAACACCAAUGGAGCAGGAAACGCUAUUGUCCGGGACUAUGCGCUCGAGAUUGCGGCGUUGAUGAUCGGAGCUUACAGUAAAGUCGGAGGGCUGACUGAGUUCUGUGCUUUGGCGGCGCUGUUGCUCACUGUGGACGCUGUGUCAAUGGCGACGUUUUACGUCGCUGUGCUUAGUGUGAUGAUUGAGGUUCGUCGUAUCAAGAUGUUCCGCACGCUGUCACAGUCGAAGGACACCACGUCGUCGUUGGCCGCCUCAAAGCUCGUCAAUGGAGAACUUCCCCUCCAGCGGACUUCGCUCGCAGAGCUUGUGCUCGGUGUCAAGGGCUCCUUCUUGAGACAGCCCCAAGGCCUUGUUGCGAAGAAUUCCGGAAGCGAGAAGGAUGACAAGAAGGCUCAGGACAAUAAGGAGGAAUCUCCUGUCGCGAGGAUGAAGCUAUUCUUGAUCGUUUCGUUCUUGACGUUGCACAUCUUGAACAUGGUCACUACUCUGAACCCUGCCCAACCUCCAUUCUCCACCGAGCUCGCUCCCGGGGUUUCUCGCAAGGUCGACAUCACCUCUCCCGCAAUCUCCUCCGUUCUCGCUUCGCUCGCCGAUGACCACUCCAAGGCCGCCACCGAGACCGAACUUCUCGUCCGAGUCGCUCCUCCCGUCCACAUCCGCAUGGUCCCACUCGUCUCUGCAACUGCUUCUCACCCAUCGCACAAGUCUUCUCCGAGCGGCAGCACCGGCCACCAUGAGGCCGAUUCCGACGACGUCCUCGAGUCGUUCAUGUCUUCGUGGACGAGAUUAGUCGGAGACCCCGUCAUGUCGAAAUGGAUCGUCCUCGUCCUCGGCGUGAGCGUAGCCCUGAACGGUUACCUCCUGAAAGGCAUCGCCACCGGAACCGGAUCUGCACGCAGCGUCACACCACCACAAAGUGUCCGCUUCACUACCACUCCCUCCGUCUCGUCCGGCCCCUCACAACCCAAAGGCCGCGACCUCGUAGCUGUCUCUGCCGUUCCGUCUUCGGCGACGGUCGACCUUGCGGCUUUGAAGGGUGCGGAGGAAGCAAAGACGAGGGCGGAGAGGGAGACGGCGAAGGAGAUGGGUGUGGUCAUGGGUAUGCCGACGCCUCCGGCUGAGAAGGAGGGAUCGCCACUCGUUCAGCAGAAGCCGCUUCCGCGCAAGGCGUCCGUCACUGGCAUCUCUUCCAUGCUCGAGUCUGUCGAUCAGAAGCUUCAGCUCCAGGUGGCGCAGAAGCAGGUCAAGGGCGAGUCUUCGGACGAGGAGGAGAAGGCGGCUAAGCCUGCGGCAGAGGGACAGGCGAAGGAAACUAGGAGUUUGGAGGAGUGUAUUGAGAUCUAUGAGAAUGGACCGAGGCCGUUGUCGAUUAGUCUGGCGCUGUUGAACGACGAGGAGGUCAUCAUGCUUGCGCAGGCUGGGAAGAUUCAGGCGUAUGCUUUGGAGAAGGUUCUUGGUGAUCUUGAGAGGGCGGUUUUGAUCCGGAGGGCUUUGAUUUCGCGUGCGUCCAGGACCAGGACCCUUGAGGACUCGGAUAUCCCCAUGUCGCACUACGACUACUCUAAGGUCAUGGGUGCAUGUUGCGAAAACGUCGUCGGCUACAUUCCUCUCCCUCUCGGUAUCGCUGGUCCCCUCAAAGUCGACGGCGAGCUCUACCCUAUCCCCAUGGCCACCGCUGAAGGUACUCUCGUCGCCUCCUGCUCUCGUGGCUGCAAGGCCCUCAACGCUGGCGGAGGUGUCACCACCGUCAUCAUCAACGACGGCAUGACCCGUGGCCCAGCCAUCGAAUUCCCCAACAUCACCGUCGCCGCCGCUUGUAAGGCCUGGAUCGACUCUCCCGAGGGUGCAGCCAUCCUGAAGGAGGCGUUCGAGUCGACUUCGAGGUUUGCCAGGCUCCAGAAACUGAAGGUCACGAUGGCGGGCAGGACGAUGUUCGUGAGGUUCGCGACGACGACCGGUGACGCUAUGGGUAUGAACAUGAUCUCGAAGGGUACGGAGAAGGCACUCGACGUGAUGUCGAAGUAUUUCCCGGAGAUGGUCGUCCUUGCGCUUUCGGGCAACUACUGCACUGACAAGAAGCCCGCGGCGAUCAACUGGAUCGAGGGCAGGGGCAAGAGCGUGGUUGCGGAGGCGGUUAUCCCUGGGAAGGUCGUCAAGGCCGUUUUGAAGACGACGGUGGAUGCACUUUGCAAUUUGAACACGAAGAAGAACCUCAUUGGGAGCGCGAUGGCUGGUUCGAUUGGAGGGUUCAAUGCGCACGCUGCGAAUAUUUUGACGGCGGUGUUCCUUGCUACUGGUCAGGACCCUGCGCAGAACGUCGAGUCGUCAAACUGUAUGACUCUCAUGGAGCCAUACAACGAUGGCGAAGAUCUCCUGAUGACGAUUACCAUGCCCUCCAUCGAAGUCGGAACCGUCGGCGGUGGUACCGUCCUCACUCCCCAACAAGGCGUCCUGGACAUCCUCGGCGUCAGAGGCGCACACCCUACCAACCCAGGCGCAAACGCUCAACAACUCGCUCGCAUCAUCGCCGCCGCCGUCAUGGCCGGUGAACUCUCCCUCAUGUCAGCCCUCGCCGCCGGUCACCUCAUCCGCGCACACAUGGCACACAACAGGUCACAGCUCAACACGCCUUCCGCAUCUGCACCGAUCACGCCUGGUGUGGCUACGCCACCGAGUGGACUCAUGUGGGCGCCGCAGACACAUGCGAAUAAUGUGACGCGGGCGACGGUCGGGGGGACGGCGACGCAGUCGACGAUUUCGUUGGCUGGGUAUUCGAUUGAUGCUAAGCCUUGAGUACUUUCGGUCGGGCUUUUGUUUGUUAUUGGAUGGAUUCUCCUCGUCGUUGCAUGCUUACUCACGCUCACGCUCACCCUUCGCCGUUCACCCUUGACCUCUUAUAUACAUCAUGAUUUUUUGCAUACAUACACUGGCACUGGCACAAACACAUCGCAUUCCACCCAUCCUGCCUGCUUUCGCUUUUGUUUUUCGUUCAUCCUUACUUCUUUUCCUUGUUUUAUUUGUGCUCUUUCUUUCUUUCUUUAUUGUUUUUGCUCAUGUGACUACAUAGCUCCGUUAUCUUUAAUCACAGAGAUACCUGCGGCUGC